AUGGUAUCUAAUUCCCUUCACAGUACGCUAGCAUUCAAUAAAAUAAUUGAAGGGUAUGGAGUAGUUGUACCGUUAGAUUCUACGCCAGCUAUACCCACUUCCGCUUCCCCCACACCCGACCCCGCUUCAACCACACCUACAACCGUUUCAACCUCAACCACACCCGACCCCGCUUCAACCACACCUACAACCGUUUCAACCUCAACCACACCCACACCCGUUUCACCCACACCCGCACCCUCUCCUUCCACAUCGCCGAUAUCGAAUGAAGAUAGAGUGAUUGUUGGCUAUUAUCCUGACUGGAGAUCGUCGCAGUUGGCUGUUAAUAAUUUAUUCUGGGACAAACUAACACAUAUCAAUUAUGCCUUUGCGCUAAUGAACGAUUCGUUCAGUCCCGUCAUAACGACCGGUCCCAACCUGAAUACGCUAGUAUGGUAUGCGCAUACAUUCAAUGUCAAGUGUCCAUCCACGUCAAAACAGGUUCUUCUCGCAAUAGGAGGUUGGACUGGCAGUAAAACGUUCAGUACAAUGGUCGCAACUCCAGAGUCGCGUGCGGUAUUCAUCAAUGCUACCAUGUCACUGAUUAAUCAAUAUAGCUUGGAUGGGGUCGAUAUUGACUGGGAAUACCCGGGAAGAAAAGGCGCGAUAUGUAAUGUAGUUAAUACGCAGAACGAUACCAGUAACUUUUUGUCUUUGUUGAAAGAGUUACGCGCAGCUGUGGGGAACAAAUUAUUAACUAUCGCGGUUAGAGCGGAAACUCUUGAUGGACCAAACGGACCCAUCACGGACGUGAGUGGAUUUGCCUCGGUCGUUGAUUGGGUUAAUAUUAUGGCUUACGACAUGGCAGUGGAUGAUCAUUCGAAUGAACCCUGGACAAAGAUAACAGGACCCAAUGCUCCAUUUAACGUUACAUCUGGACAAGGCCGCCAGCUAUCCUUUACUCAAUCCAUAAACACGUGGCUCCAAUCCGGCAUGCCUGCUUCCAAAAUAGUCAUGGGAGUCGAAUUCAUCGGUCGCGCACUGACAGCGACCGAUCAAAUGUCAGAUUCACAAUACGUUGGACGUGACUCGACGGUCCCCAAAGGCGAUCAAAGCGACGCGCUCUGGGCCGAACCGUGUCCAGGAGCAAGCCAGGCUUAUUCCGGUGUUUGGACGUGGAGGAAUUUGAGACAGCAAGGAUUGCUGGAAUGUACCAUGUCAGCUGCUAAAAACACACCAUGGACGCGAUAUUUUGAUAACGUGACCAAUACUCCAUGGCUGUUUAAUUCUGAAACAAAGACGUACAUCUCUUACGACGACCCUCAGUCGCUGUAUAUCAAAACCGAAUAUGUAAAAUCACAAAAUCUUCGGGGAAUGAUGAUAUGGGAGCUUACUACUGACAAUGGGAAGGAACUUUUGAACGUUGUUCAAUCGUUAAAGCAAUCUUCCUCUGCCGCACCAACCAACGACUGCAGUUCGACUGCAGCUUACAAUCCUGACGGUGCCCCCGCCACGGAUUCUUCCAAUGAGGCUUCUGGCAGCGAAUCUCCAAAAUCUAAAAAAGUCGGUGCUGGCAUAGCAGUGGGAAUAGCAUUCUCGCUUGCCGCAUUCGCAGCGCUAUGCAUGUUUGGAUUCAUCUGGUAUCGUCGAAGACGUGCUGCAGUCUCGGCUAAUGAAUCUGGACCGGGUAGCGCAUCAGCUCUCGUCGGUGCUGGUGCGGGAGUUCAGUAUAAAGAUUGUGUAAUAGCUUUGUUUGACUUCAAAGCAGUACGAAAAAACGAUUUGUCGUUCAAGAAAGGAGAUAUUAUUGAAGUACUCGAUAAGGGUAAUGGAGAGAAUUCGUGGUGGAUUGGACGGAUCAAUGGAGACGUUGGAGAAUUUCCCGGUAAAUAG